GCUGCCCAUUCCUGCUGCCCAUUCCUUCCCACUGGUGCUGCCCAUUCCUGCUGCCCAUUCCUUCCCACUGGUGCUGCCCAUUCCUGCUGCCCAUUCCUGCCCAGCGAUGCCCUACGUGGAGCUGGACACGAGCCUGGCCGCCGCCCGGCUGCCCGACGGCCUGGCCACCCGCCUCUGCAGCGCCGCUGCCAACAUCCUGGACAAGCCAGAGGACCGGGUGAACGUGACGGUGCGGCCCGGCCUGGGCAUGGUCCUGAGCGGCUCCGCCGAGCCCUGCGCCCAGCUGCUGGUCUCCUCCAUCGGCGUGGUGGGCACCGCCGAGCAGAACCGCGGACACAGCGCCAAGUUCUUCGACUUCCUCACCAAGGAGCUGGGGCUGAGCCCCGACCGGAUCAACAUCCGCUUUUACCCGCUGGAACCCUGGCAGAUCGGCAAGAAAGGAACAGUCAUGACCUUCUUAUGACGCGGAGAGGCCUGGGCGGGUGGUUCCCGAGAAAACACGGCCACAGCCAGAGAAUGGCCAGCCCUCGGCUCAUUUUGGCUCUGCCUCUGGGCCCCGGCUCAGUACGUGUACCCCGCUUGAACUCUGGGGCCCCCCGCCACCUCAGCACCUGUGGAGCAGCGGCGGGAACCUUCCAGAAAUCUCUCUUCCCUUUCCUCCCUCUUCCGGUCAAAUAAACUCAGCUCGCCCAAGCCGAGCUCUGGGAGAA